CAGAUGGCCAGGACCAUUACCAAAUGAUGACAGCUCUCAAUUGGUUGACUUUUCCUCUUUCUGGCGACAGUCAUCUAAGGGGUGACCAAGGGUAAUUUGGGUCCACAUCCUGGGAAUUGAUCUAUAAAUAUAGGGGAGCUUGGGACGCAACCUUGUUGGAACCACCAGACAAUACAUAUUAUUCUUCGUUUGAAACACAUAAAUAUGCAAACAAAACAAAUAAACAAGACGCCGGCCAAGCUUACAUAGGAGCCCCCCACUGCACCAUCCAGAAACGGACUAGGCCAAAACUCUAAUCCGACGUCCUAGUUUCGGCUACUUCCACAUCCCACGCCUUACCAUCUCAUCUCGCCAAACAUCGUCGAUUCUUUCUGCUCUACCCCCUUGUUGCACAACCUUUUGUCGGCGUUUAACAAGCUCUUCGAGGGUGUCGCCCUAUAUCGCCUUAAUCAUAAUCAAGGAGGGAAAUAAAACAGAUAGUUCUAGUUCUAAUCAGCCGUACAUGUUGCGGGAGCUAGCGGACCGGUGGGCUCGGAAACGAUACCUUGGUUGAAGUGUUAGGGUUGGAAUAGAAGAUAAAGGAGAGAGGUGGAAGAAUAAGAUAGCGCUGGGCAGUGGGUUUGUGUUUCUUUUGGUUGCGGGUUUAUCAAUCUUGCAGAAAUUUGGUUUGAAGAUACUGUGUUUAAUUUUAUUUUGUGAGGGCUUCACAGCUCUAGGACAACAUCAAUAUGCAUAUUAAGGACAAGUUGGCUCAUGCGGAGGCCACAGGGCGGCCCGGCAUUUCCUUCGAAUUUUUCCCCCCGAAAACGGCGCAAGGUGUUCAGAAUCUUUACGAUCGGAUGGACCGUAUGCAUGGAUAUGGACCAUCCUUUAUUGAUAUCACAUGGGGUGCGGGAGGGCGGCUGUCAGAGUUGACUUGUGAGAUGGUGAAUGUGGCGCAAUCGGUCUAUGGCCUGGAAACUUGUAUGCACCUCACUUGCACGGACAUGCCCCGCGAGAAAGUGGACACUGCUCUUCAGAGUGCGUUCAAGGCAGGGUGCACGAACAUUUUGGCUUUGCGUGGUGAUCCUCCCCGAGAAAAAGAGAAAUGGGAAGCUACGGAGGGCGGGUUCCGUUACGCUAAAGAUUUGGUCAAAUAUAUUCGUGAUAAAUAUGGGAACCAUUUUGAUAUUGGAGUUGCUGGGUAUCCCGAAGGCUGCGAUGAUCAAGAUGACCCAGAACUCCUUAUGGAACAUCUGAAAGAAAAGGUUGAUGCGGGAGGUACGUUUAUUAUUACGCAGAUGUUCUACGAUGUCGAUAACUUCUUGACCUGGGUCGAAAAAUGUCGCCAAAAGGGGAUCACGGUACCAAUUAUACCCGGUAUAAUGCCCAUUCACACGUACGCUGCGUUUAUUAGAAGAUCCAACUGGACUAAAAUUCGAAUCCCUCCCGACUGGUUGGAAGCAUUGGAACCUGUGAAGAAUGACGAUGCAGCCGUGAGGAAUUUGGGCAAAUCUCUUGUGGCUGAUAUGUGCAAGAAAAUACUCGCCUCUGGAAUCUAUCACCUGCAUUUCUACACGAUGAAUUUGCAACAAGCGACCAAAAUGAUUCUGGACGAACUAGGAUUGAUACCCUCCCAUAAAACUCCCCUGCAGAAGCCACUUCCGUGGCGACAGUCACUUGGACUUGGCCGAAGGGAAGAAGAUGUGCGACCAAUCUUUUGGAGGCACCGACAUCAAUCAUACGUGGCUCGUACGCAGACAUGGGAUGAAUAUCCAAAUGGUCGCUGGACUGACUCUCGGUCCCCUGCUUUUGGAGAGCUCGAUACUUAUGGCAUUGGCUUGAAAGGAACCAACGAGCAAAAUAUCAAACUUUGGGGAGAGCCAAAGUCACUAAAGGAGCUAUCUGAGAUUUUCAUACGUUUCUUGAAUGGAAGCCUUGAUAGACUUCCAUGGAGCGAGGGCGCUGUUACAGAGGAAACAGAAAUCAUCAAAUCAGAUUUGCUCGACCUGAAUCGAAAGGGUUUCCUGACUAUUAACUCCCAACCUGCGAUUGAUGGCAUGCCCUCUUCUCACCCAAUCUAUGGAUGGGGUCCGAAAAACGGAUAUGUCUAUCAGAAGGCAUACUUGGAACUCCUUAUUUCUCCCACAAUGAUCGAUGAUGUUAUUAGCCGCAUUGAACAAAAUUCUGACCUCACAUAUUACUGUGUCAAUAAAAAGGGUGAAUUGAAGACGAACACGACCGACAGUCCAAAUGCAGUUACGUGGGGAAUAUUCGCUUCCAAAGAGAUUAUCCAACCAACCAUUGUUGAAACAAUCAGCUUCUUGGCCUGGAAGGAUGAAGCGUAUCGACUCGGAGACGACUGGGCCAAGUGCCACGCCCCAUCGAGCCUCAGCAGACGCCUCAUUGAACAAGUGAUGGACACUUGGUAUUUGGUCAAUAUUGUGAACAACGAUUUCCACAAAACGCAUGACAUCUUCAACCUGUUCAAGGACCUCAAAGUCGAAAACUUGGAUACGGAAAUAGAACCCAUCGCCCUAGCGGCCGAGUCUGUUGAUAUUGCCCAACAAAAUGGCCAGCUUCCUCAAACAGAGGUCAACGACAGUUGUACGGAAGCAACCAAGUCGAUGGAAGAGCGUAACUCCAACUAAUCUUCCGUUAUUUCCCACCUAUCCAUCUCUUCAAUGCCGAAUGAUAUCGGCAGCACCCCAUCAUGGACUCGCGAUUCAACAAGCGCACUACAUGAUCUCACGAUUUUCCCAUAACCCUCUAUACCUAAGCGCCAUUCCAUAAAUAAUUCUCGAUCAACAUAUCUCUCUUCCAAUUUCUCCUUAAGAAUAAUUCAACAUAAGCGCGCACUUCUCGCGCGGCUCCUACUCCCCGCACGUACUUCAACCUCCGCCGCCAUUCUCAUACAUAUACGAGCGCAAUACAUGACCACUAUUUUCAACAUGACAUUCAACACCAUAUAGAGAUAAAAACCAAGCAUGCAAAUCACAGCAUUUUAACACUGGAGAACCUUGUUUCCUUCAUGAUUCUUUAUUUCUUUUCCUUAAUUUCUUUUCCUUAAUUUCUUUUCUUUCUUUUCUUUACUCUUUUAUUUUCAACAAUACCCAGAAAAGCAGGACGAAAACCAAGGGAUGAAUGGACAUGGGAUACACAAACAAAAAGAAAAAUGAAAAAAAUGACUAUGAUGACCGCAACGAAGCUGUAUGGCAAAUUACAACGAUCAGGUAAAAAAUUACUUAAUCUACUGUAUUUGCCUGGAAAUAUGUAUUCAACACAUUUGGGAAAUUAGAUAAGAAAAAGAAAAUAAUAUCUUUUUAAAAAAAAUAAAAAACGAAAAAAGAAAAAAAAAACAAAUUCCGAAUGCGGGCCAGUCUUUUCUCAUCUUUUUUCUCUCUUUUCACUUUUUUUCUUUUUUUUUCACUUUUUUCUAUUUCCUUCAUUUGUCAUAUUUAUUAUCACACAUUCCCGGUUUUCCCCUUUUACUAGGUUCGGCUCAAAUUUCUGUCGAAUGAAGUUUUGGGCCCGCCUCUUAGACCAUCCCCCUCCCUUUUGUGACGUUCACAAAUUCUGACUCUCUGUUUUUCCCUGUUUACGGAGGUCGAUUUGAAUAUAAAAGUGCCAACUAGCCUAAACGUUUCAUUUUAGUCGAGGGAGAGAAGGGAGAAGGUCAUUAUUGUGCUUUCAAGGAGAAAGAAGAAGACGGAAGUGGGUUGAUGAGAUAGAGCAUGCAGCAUUCUAUCAAAAUCAGACAAGCAGUCCAAGGUAAAUAAAUACAUAUGUAAAAGUUGCAAUUUCUACUGCGCGAGGAGUCUUCGUGUCUACGAAUGUAUCGACAUGAACUGAAUCCUAUGCGUUUCUAUCGGGCUAUCGUGUCUUUCGAACAAAUGCACACUGUUGACUACCAAGCUACUAGGUGGGAGAAAAUGACUAUGACUAUUCUCAAGAGAGAGAUAAUACAAUGGAAUUCUACGUUCCUAUCAGGUCGUUAGUUAGGUAGACCAAUCUCGAUAAAAAUAAUCACAAAGGCGCGUCGUGAUAUCCGUCCGGGACCCCUUGUCCAUCUCAGGGACCUGGGGGGGGGGGGGGGGGGGGGGGGGGU